AUGGCACUCAUAAAUCUAUCGCCUCGCCCUGACGUCUUCAGGUCUAACCUCCACGAGAUCCUCGCCACGGGGAUCAUCUGCAUGGCACAGUUCGUCACCGUAGCUGUCAACAACCAGGCGCUAGCAUUAAUGAACACCGUGUCCGAAUCAUUUGGGAGCAACAGCAACAGUGACAAAGCCUGGUUCUCUGCCGCCUUUGCGCUUUCCGUCUCCACCUUGAUUCUCAUCUCCGGAAAGAUCGGCGACUUGUACGGCCACAAAGCAUGCUUCAUCGCGGGCUACGCGUGGAUUUCUGCGUGGUCCAUCGUGGCUGGUGCUUCCGUCUACGUCAACUCCACCAUCUUCUUCAUCAUCUGCCGCGCUCUCCUCGGUAUGGGCUUUGCCUUCUUGCUUCCGUGUGCGAUAGGGCUUCUCGCACUUUGCUACAAGAACGGGAGCCGAAAGGAGCUUGUGUGGGGCAUUCUAGGUGCCGCGGCUCCAGCCGGAGCCUGCUUCGGCGGGAUUAUCUCCGGGGCCUUGGCUGGCUCCUGGUCGUGGUGUUUCUACAUUUUGAGCAUCAGCAGUGCGUUCUUUGCCGUGGCCGCCUACUUCCUCGUGCCCAAUGUCCGCGCUGAAAAAAAGCCCGAUACCGAGCUCGCCCGGGUGUCACCGCCGCCACCAUCACAAGCAAUGGAUUGGUAUGGGGGUGUCACGGGGGUGGCUGGGCUUGUGCUAAUCAUGGUUGCGUGGAACCAGGCACCGAUUAUGCUCUGGAGCGAGCCGUACGUGCCGGUUUUGUUUGCUGUGGGGCUUCUUCUCAUGGGAGCGUUCUUCUUCCUUGAGUUGAGGGUGGUUGCAAACCCGCUCGUUCCGCUGGAAGUUAUUAAUAGGAAGAUCGGGGUCACGCUUCUCUCGGUGGGCUUGGGCUGGGGGUCAUUCGGGGUGUGGGGUUUCUACUACUGGGCUCUCUGUCUCAAUCUCCGCGAGUACACCCCGCUUCUCACCGGUGUGUCGUACAUUCCAGUGUGUUUGUUUGGGAUCCUAGCGGCCUUUACUGUGUCCUACUCCAUCAGCCGCAUCAAUCCAUCCAUCCUCAUCUUUAUCAGUAACAUGUCCUUCUUUGCGAGUAGCUUGCUCUUGGCCCUCACCCCGGUGAACCAGACCUACUGGAUCUUGCUGUUCAUUCUGAUGAUUCCCUUGAGUUUUGCGAUGGACAUGUCUUUCCCCAGCAGCUCCCUCAUCUUGUCGAACUAUCUUCCAAGACACCACCAGGGCACGGCCGGCUCACUUGUAUCCACCGUCACCAACUAUGCCAUGGGCUUGGCGUUGGGGGUUGCCGGUACCGCUGAGGUCUACACCGCCACCGGCGACAAUGCCUACGACAGAAUGUUGUCUGGAUACCGCGGCGCUAUGUGGACCGGUGUAGGCAUUGCCGGCUUGGGGGUCGUGACCUCUGGCGGAGCUACACCUGAGACAGAUGAAAACGAAUUACCUGGUGCGGCCCACUAUUUGCGCAUUAUAGGUAGAGAUUCCUUGUGCGACUCAAUCGUUACCCGUGCUGAUAUGCUCACAACGCUUAUUCCGACGAUGUUAGACCUCUCGAUCUCAAAACUAGGAGAGUUUUCGGACGAAUCUAUCAUCAUCAUAAAGUAUUCGGGUGCUCUCCACAAACGAGAGGUCACGUUUCUCAUCGGCAAGAACGGCGAACGCAUCAGCGCCAUCCGCGCAGGGUGUGGGGCACUCAUUAAGAUCUUGCCGUUGGACGACGCUCCCCAGAUCGAGCAGGGCUUCUUACAUCCGCUCCUCAGCAGCUCCGUGAAGCCACAGUGCAUCAGGGUCAGCGGCACGGCUCACCAGAUCAGUGUGGCGGUGAGCCUGAUUGAAAAGUGUAUCUUCGAUUACCGAAACGGCGUCGUCAGGUAUUAG